CGUCCAUAAAGCAGCAUCUUCUCGUCGCUCGGAGCUGCGAAAAGCAACCGCCGUCAUGAGGGAAAUUGUCCAUUUGCAGGCUGGCCAGUGUGGCAACCAAAUCGGCGCCAAGUUCUGGGAGGUGAUCUCGGACGAGCACGGCAUCGACCCCACGGGCACGUACCACGGCGACAGCGACCUGCAGCUGGAGAGGAUCAAUGUCUACUACAACGAGGCCACGGGUGGCAAAUACGUCCCUCGCGCCGUCCUGGUCGACCUGGAGCCUGGCACCAUGGAUUCGGUCCGCUCCGGACCCUUUGGACAGAUCUUCCGCCCGGAUAAUUUUGUUUUUGGCCAGAGCGGCGCCGGCAACAACUGGGCCAAGGGCCACUACACGGAGGGGGCCGAGCUGGUGGACUCUGUCCUGGACGUGGUGCGCAAGGAGGCGGAGAGCUGCGACUGCCUGCAGGGCUUCCAGCUAACCCACUCUUUGGGGGGCGGCACGGGCUCGGGCAUGGGCACGCUGCUGAUCAGCAAGAUCCGGGAGGAGUACCCUGACCGCAUCAUGAACACCUUCAGUGUGGUUCCCUCGCCCAAGGUCUCGGACACGGUGGUGGAGCCCUACAACGCCACCCUCUCCGUCCACCAGCUGGUGGAGAACACGGACGAGACGUACUGCAUUGACAACGAGGCCCUCUACGACAUCUGCUUCCGCACCCUCAAGCUCACCACACCCACGUACGGGGACCUCAACCACCUGGUCUCGGCCACCAUGAGUGGCGUCACCACCUGCCUCCGCUUCCCUGGCCAGCUUAAUGCCGACCUGCGCAAGUUGGCUGUCAACAUGGUCCCCUUCCCCCGCCUCCACUUCUUCAUGCCGGGAUUUGCGCCCUUGACCAGCCGCGGCAGCCAGCAGUACCGGGCCUUGACGGUCCCCGAGCUGACGCAGCAGAUGUUUGAUGCCAAGAACAUGAUGGCAGCCUGCGACCCGCGCCACGGCCGCUACCUGACGGUGGCAGCCGUCUUCCGGGGGCGCAUGUCCAUGAAGGAGGUGGAUGAGCAGAUGCUCAACGUCCAGAACAAGAACAGCAGCUACUUCGUGGAGUGGAUCCCCAACAAUGUCAAGACGGCCGUCUGCGACAUCCCGCCCCGCGGCCUCAAGAUGUCGGCCACCUUCAUCGGCAACUCCACUGCCAUCCAGGAGCUCUUCAAGCGCAUCUCGGAGCAGUUCACCGCCAUGUUCCGACGCAAGGCCUUCCUCCACUGGUACACCGGCGAGGGCAUGGACGAGAUGGAGUUCACCGAGGCCGAGAGCAACAUGAACGACCUGGUCUCGGAGUACCAGCAGUACCAGGACGCCACCGCCGAGGAGGAGGGCGAGUUCGAGGAGGAGGCCGAGGAGGAGGCCGCCUAGGAAGAACACACCUUUUGAAACCAUGCUCAGAGACUAAGCCACCUUUAUUGGACCCACCC